UGUUUAUCAUUCAGCCACAAACCAACCAGGCAAUAUACCUUAAAGACAUCACCAUCUUGGUGGAUGUCAGUCUAUACUGUAACUUCACUGAGAGGAUCCACCAGUUUCCUGCACCAAGUCCCUCAUUUAAAAUCACAGGACCAGGGAGAGCAAGGGUACACCAUGGCAGGAGGGUCGUUGUUUCGGAGUGAGGAGAUGUGUCUGACACAGAUCUUUCUCCAGGUGGAAGCUGCAUACUGCUGCAUUGCUGAGUUAGGAGAGCUGGGCCUGGUCCAGUUCAGGGAUCUGAACAUGAAUGUGAAUGCCUUCCAGCGAAAAUAUGUCAAUGAAGUGAGAAGAUGUGAAUCUAUGGAACGAAUUCUCAGGUUCUUGGAAAAGGAGAUUGAGGGGGAACAGAUUGUGACCCAGGACUCUGAAGAGGAUCCCCCCAAGGCUCCCCUCCCACGGGAGUCAAUCGAAUUGGAGGCCGUUUUAGAGAAGCUGGAAUGUGAACUGCAAGAGACGAAUCGAAAUCAUCAGACCCUAAAAAACGACUUCCUGGAGCUGAACGAACUCAAGCACUUGCUCAAGAAAACUCAAGAGUUCUUUGAGAAAGAGGUAAAUAUACCUGAUGAACUUAAUGAAGACAGCAACGCUUUACUGGAAUUGCAUGGUGCACCUGCAGCUACUGGAAAACUUGGGUUUAUAACUGGAGUGAUACGAAGGGAGAAGAUGGCGUCCUUCGAGCGGCUGCUAUGGAGGGCCUGCAGAGGGAACAUCUAUGUGAAGCAGAGUGAUAUGGACACUGAGGUUAAAGAGCAUGUUAGAAAAGAGGAAGUAAAGAAAAAUGCCUUCAUCAUAUACUUUCAAGGGGAGCAACUGAAUCUUAAAAUUAAGAAAAUUUGCGAUGGGUUCCGAGCCUCAGUCUACCCAUGCCCAGAGAAUGCAAAUGAGCGACGUGAGACGGUUACAGGAGUGAACACCCGCCUGGAGGAUAUAAACAUAGUCCUUAACCAAGCUGAGGAACAUCGAAAGCGUGUGCUCCAGGAAGCAGCCAGAAACCUUCAGAACUGGAAAAUGAAAGUGCAAAAAAUGAAGGCCAUCUAUCAUACCUUGAACAUGUGCAACAUUGACGUGACCCAGCAGUGCUUGAUUGCUGAAACAUGGUGCCCUGUCACAGACAUGGACAAGAUCAAACAGGCACUCCAUCAGGGAAUGGAACAGACAGGUUCAACAGUCGCCCCUAUUGUGACAGUAAUAAACUCCAAGAUGGAGCCACCUACCUUUAAUAGAACCAAUCAGUUUACAGCCGGAUUUCAGAACAUUGUGGAUGCCUACGGUGUGGGGACCUACAGAGAAAUGAAUCCAGCUCCAUAUACCAUAAUAACAUUCCCCUUUCUGUUUGCGGUGAUGUUUGGGGACUGUGGGCAUGGGGCUGUCAUGUUAAGCUUUGCUGUAUGGAUGGUCUUCAAUGAGACGACUCUGAUGAAAACUAAGGGCAGCAAUGAGAUUUGGGACACCUUCUUUGGCGGCCGUUAUCUCAUUCUGUUAAUGGGCAUGUUCUCCAUUUAUACUGGCUUCAUCUACAAUGACUGCUUUGCCAAGUCCUUUGACAUCUUUGGGUCUUCCUGGCAUGUUAAACCAAUGUUUCUGAAUAAAACCUGGAAUGAUCAUGUCCUAGAAGACAAUAUUUUACUGCAGCUUGACCCAGCAGUGCCAGGAGUCUACUCAGGGAAUCCUUAUCCCUUUGGCAUUGACCCGAUAUGGAACAUCGCUACGAACAAGCUAACUUUUCUGAACUCCUAUAAAAUGAAGAUGUCUGUUGUUCUUGGUAUUGCCCAGAUGAUGUUUGGAGUCAUUUUAAGCCUUUUGAAUCACCUCUACUUUAAGAGGAUGAACAUUGUCCUGCAGUUCAUCCCUGAGAUGCUUUUCCUCACCUGCUUGUUUGGCUAUCUGGUCUUCAUGAUCAUCUUCAAGUGGUGUGCCUAUGACGUUCACACCUCUCAUCAAGCUCCCAGUAUCCUCAUUCACUUCAUCAACAUGUUCAUGUUUAACUACAACGACCCCACUAAUGGACCUUUGUACACAUAUCAGCAAGCGGUUCAGAGUUUCUUGGUCAUUCUCGCCCUGGUUGCUGUGCCAUGGAUGCUGCUGAUUAAACCUUUUGUUCUACGUGCUAAUCACCUAAAAUCACAGCGCAUGAAAGCCAGUGGCCCAGAAGAGAUUGAGGUAGAUAUCCUUCAACCAGACCCCUCCAGCCACUCUGACCGCGAUGGUGGGCAUGAUGAGCAUGCUGAUGAGUUUAACUUUGGAGACAUCUUUGUGCACCAAGCCAUCCACACCAUUGAGUACUGCUUGGGCUGCAUCUCCAAUACAGCCUCUUACCUGCGUCUCUGGGCUCUUAGCUUGGCACAUGCACAAUUAUCUGAAGUGCUGUGGACUAUGGUGAUGCACAUGGGCCUCUGCAGCUCCAGCUGGGGGGGGCUGAUUGGGGUGCUGAUCAUCUUUGCUGCGUUUGCUGUUUUAACCAUUGCUAUUCUCCUGGUUAUGGAAGGACUCUCUGCUUUCCUCCAUGCCCUGCGUCUACACUGGGUGGAGUUUCAGAACAAGUUCUACACAGGAACAGGCCACAAGUUUACUCCCUUCAGUUUUGAAGCCAUCUUGUCCGGAUUUACUGAAGAUGCAUAGCCAUUUUAUUUGAAAACAAAAUGAAUCUUUAAAAAAUUGUGUUGUUUCAAAUCCUAAAUCAAGAUUGUGUUCAUGGAGUAAGGAAUGAUUAUUACUAUAGGAGGCAGUGUGGUCCAGUGGUUAAAGUCCAAGGCUUGUAACCAAAAGGCCACCUGUUCAAAUCCCACCUGUGCAACUGAUUGACUCACUGUGUGACACUGAGCAAAUCACUUAACCUCCUUGUGCUCUAUCCUGCAGAUGAGAUGUUAAGUCAAUGUCCUAUUGUAACCUCCAUAAAGAUCUGAACUUAAAUGUAUUGAUGCAUAUGCUGCAAUUUCUUUCAUUCAAAUGAUUUGUAUUGCUGUUUUUUCUUCAUAUUUUUAAAGUGUGGUUACAUACAGUAAAAUAAUAAAUACAUUGGAAGGUAUGUUAAUAAAACACAAGUCAAUUUGUUAUGCAAAAUAGAAUACUGCUGGCAUAUAAGGAACUUCAGCUCAACACUUCCUUAUACACCGUGAAAGGAAAGAGAUUCAAUUCCACCUUGCUUCCACGUAAUACAUGGAAAUAACAAUAAGUUAGCUGGUCUUAUUGUGCAAUAUGUAUAUAAAAGAAAAAAAUACAUUCUAAAUAAAGUCUAGGAAUGAUACGCAUUAUCCGUGGAUAAUACCUUCUUUUCAUUUGUUUAGUACGAUUCUGAAUAUUGUUUUACAAAGCAUUUGGAAACUUGAUAAUGUGGUUGUGCAUAAAUCUCUCUCUCCCCCUCUCUCUCCUUUUUAACAAAGAUUGAGAAACUAAAGCCUAACGCCUUAGCCACAGGGGAGUUAGCGCCAUUUGUUUUUAUUCAAAAGAUCUCAAUAGGAUAUAUUGUCAACAGAGUAGACAUGACGUCUG